AUGUCGCUUUUUAGCCGUUACGGUGGAGAAACCAAAGUAUAUGUUGGUAAUCUAGGAGCUGGUGCUGGUAAAGGUGAACUUGAGAGAGCUUUCAGCUACUACGGACCAUUACAUAAAGUAUGGAUUGCGCGAAAUCCUCCGGGAUUUGCGUUUGUUGACUUUGAAGACCCAAACGAUGCUGAACUUGCAGUUCGUAGGCUAGAUGGAAGAGUGAUCUGUGGCUCUAGGGUUAGAGUGGAGUUUCGCCAUGAUAGACCCCCAGCACGCCGGCCAUUUGAUCCCAAUAAUAGAUGUUAUGAGGAUGGCGAGAAAGACCAUUAUGCUUAUGACUGUCAUCGCUAUGGUCGUCAGAGAAGAAGCACUUCACGGUCCAGAGGAAGGAGAUAUUCUCGCUCACGUAGCCGACGUCGUGCCCAGAGAUCCAGGGCUAGUCGUUUGCCAUCAGGAAGCCCUCAAAGGAGUGUGAGUCUUGAAAGACUGGAUUAG